CGUCACCAUGGUAACCACGGGGCCUGGGGGCUCGUCUCCUGCCUCUGUGGAGUCGCCAUGGUAACUGCUGUGCUGGUGCAAUCUGGACGCGCUUUGGAGUUCAUGGAGUCAGAAGGCAUCCCUAAGUCAGAAAGUUCCGAAAGAUCGCCAUUUUUGUCACAAGAAGAAGAAGGUAAGGAAGAUGAAGAGGAAGGCAAAGAUUCAGAGGAAGCAGGCACCGCUAAUCCCCUCUUACAGCCUGUUCUCACAGGGGAUGUGGAAGGUCUACAGAAGAUUUUUGAGGACAUUGACAACCCUCAUCAUGAAGAGGCGAUGCAACUUCUACUAAAAGAAGACAUCAUGGGUAGAAAUUUGUUGUAUGCUGCUUGCAUGGCUGGCCAAAGCAAUGUGAUUAGAGCUUUGGCUAAAUAUGGCGUGAACCUGAAUGAAAAAACCACCAGAGGGUAUACACUCUUACACUGUGCAGCAGCCUGGGGCCGUUUGGAAACUCUUAAAACCCUAGUGGAGUUGGAUGUUGACAUAGAAGCUCUGAACUUCCGGGAAGAACGAGCUCGAGAUGUUGCUGCACGGUACUCCCAGACUGAGUGUGUGGCAUUCCUGGACUGGGCAGAUGCAAGACUAACUCUGAAAAAAUACAUUUCCAAGGUCUCUAUAGGCGUUACAGACACAGAAAAAGGACAACCAAAACUCAUUAAGGAGGAUAAGAACACCAUUCUCAGUGCAUGUCGUAUGAAAAAUGAGUGGUUGGAAACCCAUCUGGAAGCUUCCAUUAAAGAGAUUUUUGAACAGAAACAACAACUGGAAGAUAUUAUUUCUUCUGUCUAUGCUAAGAUAGCCAUGCCACGUCAAAUGAAAAGUGCCAAACCUAUAUCCUAAACUGUUAUCAGAAGUCAAGUUCAUUUUUCAGAAGACCACAUUUUCUUCUACUGUUUAUAAAGGCAAACCUAGUCAUGCCAGUUGAAGUUAAGGAAAUAGAUGUGAGGCCUGAUAAAAUGUGUGAGUAUGA